GCCCCGCGCUUCGUGGGAGGAUAGGAGGAAGAAGCGGGACUAGAUAUCCAGCUAAGGCUUUGGGUCCUGAGUGAAGAUGAGUGUUUCUUCCAGAACACUGUAACGGGAAGAUCCAGAUCUGGGCAGACUUGACCAUGGGAGCCAACACUUCAAGCAAACCCCCAGUGUUUGAUGAAAAUGAGGAUGUCAACUUUGACCACUUUGAAAUUUUGCGAGCCAUUGGGAAAGGCAGUUUUGGGAAGGUCUGCAUCGUGCAGAAGAAUGAUACCAAGAAGAUGUAUGCCAUGAAGUACAUGAAUAAACAGAAGUGUGUGGAGCGGAAUGAAGUGAGAAACGUUUUCAAAGAGCUGCAGAUCAUGCAGGGGCUGGAGCACCCAUUCCUGGUCAACUUGUGGUACUCCUUCCAAGAUGAGGAAGACAUGUUCAUGGUGGUGGACCUUUUGCUGGGUGGAGACCUGCGCUAUCACCUGCAGCAGAAUGUCCGCUUCCAGGAAGGCACUGUGAAGCUCUUCAUCUGCGAGCUCGCCAUGGCCCUGGACUACCUGCAGAGCCAGUGCAUCGUCCACAGGGAUAUGAAGCCUGACAACAUUUUACUUGAUGAACAUGGACACGUGCACAUCACAGACUUCAACAUUGCGGCUAUGCUGCCCAGGGAGACGCAGAUCACCACCAUGGCUGGCACCAAGCCUUACAUGGCACCGGAGAUGUUCAGCUCCAGAAAAGAAGCAGGCUAUUCCUUUGCUGUUGAUUGGUGGUCCCUGGGAGUGACAGCAUAUGAGCUGCUGAGAGGCCGGAGACCAUAUCAUAUUCGCUCCAGUACUUCCAGCAAAGAAAUUGGGCACAUGUUUGAGACAGCUAUUGUAACUUACCCCUCUGCCUGGUCCCAGGAAAUGGUGUCACUCCUUAAAAAGCUACUUGAACCUAAUCCAGACCAACGAUUUUCUCGGUUGUCUGACAUUCAGAACUUCCCGUAUAUGAAUGAUAUAAACUGGGAUGCAGUUUUGCAGAAGAGGCUCAUUCCUGGUUUUGUUCCUAACAAAGGCAGGCUGAAUUGUGACCCUACCUUUGAGCUUGAAGAAAUGAUUUUGGAGUCCAAACCACUUCACAAAAAAAAGAAGCGUCUGGCAAAAAAGGAGAAGGAGAUGAGGAAAUGUGAUUCCUCUCAGAUGUGUCUUCUUCAAAAGCACCUUGACUCUGUCCAGAAGGAGUUCAUCAUUUUCAACAGAGAAAAAGUAAAAAGGGACUUUAAUAAAAAGCAAGCAGACCUAGCCUCGGAACAAACCAAAGACCCACAAGAGGAGGACGGCCAGAAUGACAACCUGUAA